AGCUAAGAGAAGGCUACAUAGUAACCACUUCAACCCGCCGCUAAGAUCUCUUCGCUCGUUCCAUCUCCCAAGCGAACAGAGACUAUGCGAUCCGUCGAUCCUUCUCGACAUCUGCGGACUUUAGGCGCCCGACUAUAAGACGCCCAACAACCCAGCAACAAAGACGACUAAAAGCUUACUUCUUCCACCUCCCCGCAACACAACCCACACAUCACGAUGGCAUCCAACCAAGCCCCCGAAAUCACGCUCUACCGUGGCUUCCCCUGGCCCGGGAAAUACACCUGGUCCCCCUUCGUCACGAAGCUCGAAGCUCGUCUGCGCUUUGCGGGGAUCUCGUAUCGCACGGACGCCGGGUCCCCGCUCGGCAGCCCGCGGGGUAAGAUUCCAUACGUCGAUAUCACGGACCGGACGACGGGCGCAAAGACUACCAUCUCGGACUCAGCUCUGAUCACUCGGGGGUUUAUUGAGGAUGGUGUAAUCACUGACCUUAAUCGCGAUCUCGAUGCGGAGAAGAAGGUGUUGGAUGCUGGAGUGAGGGCUCUGUUGGAGGACCGGUUGUAUUUCUAUCUGAACCACGAGAAGUGGAUCGAGAACUACUACGAGAUGCGAAAACACGCCCUGAGCGCGCUGCCGUACCCGGUCAAGGUCGCGGUGGGAUACUACAUCUACCGGAGACAGAGGGAGAUGCUGUACAACCAGGGCACCCUGCGGUUCUCGUUGGAGGAGCUGAAAGGAUUCAAGGAGGAGGUUUGGACGAGUAUAAGCGAGCUGCUGCUGUCCCGCAAGGCCCAGAAGCAGGGUGAUGGGCCGUUCUGGGUGCUGGGCGGCGAGGAGCCGACUGAGGCCGACGCGGUCUUGUUUGGGUUUCUGGCUGGGUCUUUGGUUUGCUCUGCCUGUCCGGAGACUCAGGCGAUCUUGAAAAGCUUGCCUGUGGUGGUUGAGUAUGCACGGCGCAUUCAUGACCGCUACUUCCCGGAUUACGCUUGCUGGGAGUGAAUACCUAUUUGACGAUGUUUAUGGCCCAUGCUAUUUUUCUUUAUAGUUCAUUGAUUUAGUUUGUUCU